GCUCCCACCCUCCGCCCGCUCCUGGCUCCUCCUCUUCCUCCUGCUCCUAUCCCAUCGCAUCCCAUGUGUUCUAACGGCGCGCCGGCUUCACGCGCUCGCAGCCUUUUUCUUCCCUCGCCCCGGCCUUGGAAGAUCACCACACUAGCGAGGCGGGCAGGCUGUUUCCCUCCUUGGCUUUGCGUGUGUUAAAACAAAUGAAGUACAUUCUGGUAACAGGCGGUGUUAUCUCUGGGAUUGGGAAAGGAAUCAUUGCUAGCAGUGUUGGGACAAUUCUCAAAUCAUGUGGAUUGCAUGUGACUUCAAUUAAAAUUGACCCAUACAUUAACAUUGAUGCAGGCACCUUCUCUCCUUAUGAGCAUGGUGAGGUGUUUGUGUUGGAUGAUGGAGGGGAAGUGGAUUUGGAUCUGGGUAACUAUGAACGUUUUCUUGAUAUCCGACUCACGAAAGACAAUAAUCUGACCACUGGGAAGAUCUAUCAGUAUGUCAUCAACAAAGAAAGGAAGGGAGACUACCUUGGCAAAACAGUUCAAGUUGUGCCCCACAUCACAGAUGCAAUCCAGGAAUGGGUAAUGAGGCAGGCAGGAAUCCCUGUAGACGACGAUGGCAUAGAACCUCAAGUCUGUGUGAUUGAGCUUGGAGGAACUGUAGGAGACAUUGAAAGUAUGCCCUUCAUCGAGGCAUUCCGCCAAUUUCAAUUCAAAGUCAAGAGAGAGAACUUUUGUAAUAUUCAUGUCAGUCUGGUACCACAGCCAAGCUCUACAGGAGAACAAAAGACAAAACCCACCCAGAAUAGUGUUCGUGAACUCCGGGGUCUUGGUCUCUCACCAGAUCUGAUUGUAUGCAGAUGCUCCACGCCGCUAGAUACCUCAGUAAAAGAGAAGAUCUCCAUGUUUUGUCAUGUAGAACCAGAACAGGUCAUUUGUGUUCAUGAUGUCUCUUCUAUUUAUCGAGUCCCUCUGUUGCUAGAGGAGCAAGGGGUGGUUGAUUAUUUCCGACACCGGCUCGACCUUCCCAUUGAAAAGCAGCCUAGGAGAAUGCUCAUGAAGUGGAAGGAGAUGGCUGACAGAUAUGAUCGCUUGCUGGAGACCUGCUCCAUUGCUCUUGUUGGCAAAUACACAAAGUUUUCAGAUUCCUAUGCCUCUGUCAUCAAAGCUUUGGAACACUCUGCCCUAGCUAUCAAUCACAAGCUUGAGAUUAAGUACAUUGACUCUGCUGACUUGGAACCAGCUACUCUCCAAGAAGAGCCUGUUCGAUACCACGAGGCCUGGCAGAAGCUCUGCAGUGCUGAUGGAGUUCUGGUUCCAGGAGGGUUUGGUGUUCGAGGGACAGAAGGGAAGAUACAAGCUAUUUCUUGGGCAAGAAAACAGAAAAAACCCUUCUUAGGAGUCUGCUUGGGAAUGCAACUAGCAGUUGUGGAGUUCGCCCGUAAUAUCCUGGGUUGGCAAGAUGCCAACUCUACAGAAUUUGAUCCCAAAACUACACAUCCAGUGAUCAUGGACAUGCCGGAACAUAAUCCUGGUCAAAUGGGUGGGACCAUGAGGCUUGGCAAGAGGAGAACAAUUUUUCAAACCAAGAACUCAGUCAUGAGAAAACUGUAUGGAGAUGGUGACUAUUUGGAAGAAAGGCACAGACACAGAUACGAGGUAAACCCAGAGUUGAUAAAAACCUUUGAAGAAAAGGGUAUGAAGUUUGUGGGCCAGGAUGUUGAAGGAGAGCGAAUGGAAGUGGUUGAGUUGGAAGGUGAGCACUUGUACCAUCCAUUUUUUGUUGGUGUUCAGUAUCAUCCAGAGUUCCUGUCCAGACCUAUAAAACCAUCUCCCCCUUACUUUGGCCUCCUUCUGGCUUCUGCAGGGAGGCUCACACAUUAUCUACAGAAAGGAUGCAGACUCUCCCCCAGGGAUACAUACAGUGACAGAAGCGGAAGUAGUUCGCCGGACUCUGAGAUCACAGAACUGAAAUUUACUGCGGUGAAUCAUGAGUAAUUUGCUGGUUGUUGCUAAUCUCCUCUUCUGGACCAGUCCCGAAAAGUCCCUCUUCUGCAAGAGCCUGGGAGAGGAAGAACCAUCCACAGGGAAGGUAGCAAGUUAGGAAGAGGGAAGUGCCUAUAAGGAGAUGCAUCUUAACACUCUCCUCCUCCACUUUGUGAGCAUGGGGCAGGUAAACAGCCAAGCACAGCUGAAUCUCAAGGUCCAUUUGUCUGCAUUCCAAAGGAAGGGCAAGUGGAGGGACAUCUCCAGCAAGUGGAGGAAUCAAAACAACUCAUUUUGCUUUCUGGAAGCAAAGAAGGCUUCAGUCGAGGACCUGGAGAGGGGCAGAGCUUUGGGGCACCAGUUUACCACCUUUUCCUGUUCCCAUUGGCCAGCAGCAAAAAGCCCUCUCCUCAGACAUUGUGGGCCACCGCUCAAGUGCCAUAAAAAAUAAAUACGUUAAACAUUUUUCAGAAUACAUACAAACAAAACAAUUCAUGUUCCCCGCUUGAGCUAGGGAAGGACAAACCGUCUAAAUACCUGUUCCCCAUCCAUCCGAUAUCCCACACGCUUGUCAAGUAGCUACAGCUGCAGGGCUCUGACAGACCGGAGGGGGAAAUGGUACCAUCGUGGAAUAAACACUGGAUUCCCCGGGAAAAAAAGUUAAAACAGUUGCCAUUUCAAUAGCAAAUAGGAAAAAACAUUUCAGGCUCGUAGGGAAAAAAAAGUUGUGUUAUUCAACUGGGUGUUGUGUGAUGCUAGAGUAAGGGGACCUACAUUUUCCUCCCCAUUCUACCCAGCUCACUUAAGAGAGCUGGAAAGGUGGGCGAUGGCAAUACCUAUGCAGAUCCACUGCUGUGCCCCAUCAUGAUUAUGCUCCCCUCCUUAUUCCAAAUAAAUAUUAGAUCUUUCUGCCCUCUUCUUGCCAGCAACUCAGGAAAACUGCUAGCUUGAGACCUCCAGGGAGGAAAAGGCAAUAACAGCACCAAAUGAAGAAAUGGCAGGGUCAGGAGGGUGGGGUGUCCUUUGCCUUAACCCACCACCGCUGCAGCUAUCCCAGGGAGUAAACAAACUGGUUAGCAGCAGCUGCUUGUUGCAUGGCAUAGUUGGCUUCUCACAGUCAGUCUAUCUGUCCUGUAUGCCACAGAAAAGGGAACACCUCCUGGCAUUGCCAACUUUGAGUCCAAACCAUACUCUUCAUAUGGCAUGAAGGGGAUUCUUGAGGAGGGCACAAAAAGAAUGUGGUGCAUCUGAAAAGGAAGAAGAGCCAAAAGAGCCAUGUCAGACAUGAGCGUGGCUCUGCCAAAGCUCCAGACACACCAGGAGAAGCAUUUUCUUCCUUGUAAGUUGGACUGCGGUCCGAAACUCCGCCUGCAGAAAACGGAGGAAGCAUCCAUCCCUUUGUGCCAACAAGCCCAAGUCUCAUUUGAUGGUUAGUGAUGCCUAGGGCCUUCUCUCCAGGACACCUGCUUCUCUAUGCUGGCAAAGAAGGUAUCCUCACAAUGCUGUGAUGUGGCAGGCGAGGAAGGCAGGCAUGUGUACCUAACUGCAUGGGGAGUUCAGCCGAGACUGCAGGAGACAUCUUUCUCAGAACUUGCCCUGCUUUAGCUUGUCAAUGUGGUAGGUAAGCUUCAGCGCUGGCCCCAGCUUCAAGCCCAUGUACUUCAUCAUCAUAUCGCUGCGCAACAAGAGCAAGGCCUUGCCAUCAAUCUCCUGGAAGCACAGAGCAGAAAGAACCACAUUUAUGCCGAAUCUGGCCAACUUUUUCACAGCAAGCUAAUGCCUCAACAUGGCAGGAAACUUGAAAGAGGAGGCUUGGGAUGAUACAAUGGCUGGCCAACUUUUCAACGUCAAUUGCCU